AAUUAAUGACGUCGCGCUGUAAACACGACUGACGCUCAGCUGCGUGGAUGAAGCGUCCUCAGAGCAUCCAGGAGCCUAAGACUGUACGGGCUGCUUUGUUUAUCUCACGACGGGACUGCUGCCCCUGCUUCUACUGCUGCUGUUGCAACGGGAUAAAACACCACCUCGACUCUCAUAUGCAGUCUCCAAACCCAACACGGGGGUGGUGCAUUUGUUCUACUAACUGCCAUGGCUAGAAAAACGGACACCCCAGCUUCUUAUCAUGGUGAACCAAUCAAGUUUGACCCAAACUUUAGAGGGCCUGUUCAGAACAGGAGCUGCACUGAUGUGGUUUGCUGCAUUAUCUUUGUCAUUGUUAUCUUCGGCUACAUUGCCCUGGGUACUGCGGCCUGGAUCCAUGGAGACCCCAAGAAAAUCAUCUAUCCAACUGACAGCCAGGGUCAUUUUUGUGGCCAGCAGAACACCUCGAAUGCAAACAAAGCCAUAUUAUUCUACUUCAACAUGCUGAAAUGUGCCAGUCCUGCUGUUUUAAUUAACCUCCAGUGCCCUACAACUCAGCUCUGUGUCUCCAAGUGCCCUGACAGAUUUGCCACCCUCCUGGAAGUUUCAAAGAACAGCAACUGGGAUUAUUACAAACAAUUCUGCAAGCCUGGUUUUGUGAUGAGCAGUAAGUCAAUUACAGAGGUCAUUCGAGAUGAAGACUGCCCUCCAAUGAUUGUGCCAAGCAGGCCAUUGCUACAGCGGUGCUUCCCCGAGUUUAAAUCAAAGGGUGGAGUAUUAACUGUUGCCAAUCAGACCACCUUUAAAGACGGUGACAACAACACCAGGAGUGUCAUUGAUCUCAAAGACGCUGCCAUGAGAAUAGCCAGUCUACUGAAUGCAAAAGAAGUUGGCAUGAAGAUCUUGGAGGAUUAUGCAAAUUCCUGGAUAUGGAUCUUAAUAGCCCUGGCAAUAACCAUGGUGCUCAGUCUGAGCUUCAUCCUUCUGCUGCGCUAUAUUGCUUGUGUGAUCCUGUGGUUCGUGAUUUGCGGUGUCCUCUCUGCAGCUGGCUACGGUAUCUGGCACUGUUUCAAAGAGUACAGUGUUCUGAAAACAAAGCCAGAGGGAAAUGUCACCUUCUCUGAUAUAGGCUUCCAGGCAGAUCUGAGCAUUUACCUCGAGCACAGCCAGACAUGGCUCAUCUUCAUGAUCCUGCUUAUUGUAAUUGAGGCCAUCAUCGUGAUUAUACUGAUUUUUCUGAGGUCGAGUCUAGGCGUCGCUUUUACACUAAUGAAGGAGGGAAGCAGGGCCAUCUUUUACAUCCUGUGUACUCUCUUCUACCCGAUCAUCACCUUUUUUCUUCUGGCCAUCUGUAUUGGCUACUCUACUGUCACAGCAGUCUCUUUGGCAUCUUCAGGUAAGGCGAUCUACAAGGUGACACCCGCUGACGAUCAGUGCAUGUAUGCAAACCUCACAUGCAGUCCAAAGACCUUCAAUCAGACCAAUAUUACCAAAGCUUGCCCUGGAGCUCAGUGCAUGUUUGGUUUCUAUGGCGGCGAGAGUGUGUACCACCGUUACAUCCUGGUUCUCCAUCUUUGUAACCUGUUUGUGUUCCUUUGGCUGGUCAACUUUGUCCUGGCCUUGGGGAAGUGCACCCUGGCAGGGGCUUUCGCCUCCUACUAUUGGGCCAAGAAGAAACCAAAAGACAUCCCUUCCUGCCCAGUUUACUCUUCAUUCACCAGAGCCAUACGUUACCACACCGGUUCUCUAGCCUUUGGUUCUCUAAUUCUUGCUAUGGUGCAGAUGAUCCGAAUUGUUCUUGAGAACCUUAAUCACAAAUUGAAAGGCUCUCAAAAUGCGUUGACUCGGUUCCUGCUUCACUGCCUCAGUUGCUGCUUCUGGUGCCUGGAAAAGUUUAUCAAGUUUCUUAACACAAAUGCAUACAUAAUGAUAGCAAUAUAUGGGCAGAACUUCUGCAGAUCUUCCAGGGAGGCCUUUGAUCUCCUAAUGAGGAAUAUUGUUCGGGUGGUUGUCUUGGACAACGUCAUCUCCUUUCUGCUGUUCUUGGGAAAAUUGGUAAUUUCAGGAGGAGUUGGGGUCCUUGCAUUUUUCUUCUUCUCAAAAAGAAUACCACUUUUUCAAGAAGUGGUACCUCAGCUAAACUUCAGUUGGGUCCCCCUACUGACGGUGAUAAUUGGGUCAUUCAUGAUCACGAGUGGCUUUUUUAAUGUCUACGCCAUGUGUGUGGACACGCUGUUCCUGUGCUUUUCCUUUCAUUUUCUUUCUCCUUCUGGCUGUUUCUGUUGCACCGCUCGCCUGUCUUCCUUCCUGCUGUUUUCCCCCUGUCCUGGGAUAUGGUCUCAGGUGAAGACCUGGAGAGGAAUGAUGGCUCUUCUUCCAGGCCCUACUACACAUCUCCAGGCCUGCUCAAGAUCCUCCGCAAAGGAGAGGAGCGUACCAAAUUGAGUGCUUCCUCCUGAGCGACGUGCGCCUGUUUUCCUGAACUUUUGAUCCUGACUCACUUCUCCAAAUCUGGUAUGUGUGUGGCGGCUCUGCAAGUUCUCGAGGGCUAAACAUCUAAACUGGAUGCAGUCAGGAUGCGACCCUGAAAGGACAUGUUAACGAUUCAGGUCCCAAAGCAUAGUGGACCAGAAGAACACUUGGCUUCACCUCCUCUCUGUGCGAUCUGGAGGUGAAUAACGGCUCUCCAACCAAGCCCUACCACAUGGACCCACUCCUGAUGAAUAUCUUCACGAAUAAGAGACAGAUAUAGAAGAAGUGCUGGAAUAGACAUCGCCAUUAUUAAAGCAUGGUACAGGCAAAUGAGGCAGAAAACUAUCAAAGAUCAUUUUAACUGGCAUGAGCUUCGGUAAAAAUGUAUUGUAUUCAGACUCUUUACAACUUACACCAAGAGUAAGCUGAUCUCAACCUUUUGCUAUUAACAUAUUAUUUGUAAUCUUGUUUACAUUUGCAGUCAUGUUACACAAGAUGUUCUAGGAACAACAGAUUUCUUUAUUGGGACUGCAGUAGCCUCAACUUUUGUUGCACUUUAAACUCUUGUAGUUGCUAGUUUCUGCCAUGUGAGGGAGCCAGUUAUUUUUACAUGGCAUAUACUGGAUGUACAACUGGUAAAUGAUAAAUGUACUGCUGAAUUUAUAGCUUAAAAGGCCUGAGAAAUAUUUCACAGUAUUCACCAAAGAAUGUUUAUUACUGGAAUUGUUUAUUCCAGAUGCUUGUUUAUGUGAUUUUAUUUAAAAGGCAACCUACUUUACGCAAAUAUGAAGUGUUUUUUUUAGGUAAAUUAUUUUUUAUUAGUGUUUUGAAAGAGUGUCUCAGAAGCACAACUGUUUGUUUUCCAUCCUGUUCUGUUUUAUUGCUUUACUUCAUGGUGCUGAUAUAUAGGUAUACCAAUGUGUUGACUAGAGGGAAAUGCAGUAAGGUUACUGAAGGUUUUGUUAACUAUUGUGGGAAAUAGAAGAUGUUCAAAGUUUAAAAUUUGUACAAAGGCUUUUUUUUUUUUUGAGGGGGGGGGGGGGGGGGUGUUCUCAGCUAAACUGACAUCCCUACUGAACUCAGAUGCACUUUGUGUUUUUAAAAUCAGGCGAAUGCUGUUAGGCACUUGCAGUAAAACUCACCUUUUCUUAGCAAUUGCUACUGCAGUAGAGAACAUCUUAAACUGUAAAUAUUUCACGCAACUUACUGCAAAGGUCUAACAAUAUUCUUUCACUGCCUCCUACAAGGAGUUGCUGACUUGCUUCUGCAGGACAUCUGAACCCAAUUCGACACAGUUUCCAUCCAGCUGUUUGGUGGAUGCAGUUCUGGGGGUUCAUUUUUUUUAACUGUGUUUAAUUGUAAAACCCAGUGAGGUGCACCUUUUAUGUCUUUCCUUUUUGAGACAAAUUCUACAAAAGAAUCAAAUGUAAAGUUCAAUGUCGAUUCAAUUUACUUGGAAAUAUAUUGAAUAAAUGAGCAUCUUAGCUGUCCGCUGAGUCUCAAAAUUC